GCUUGUAAGCAGGCUUGACAAGUUGAACUUGUUUUUUUCUGGUUUCAUUUUAAUAAACAUCAUUUUUUACUUUUAUUUGCCAAGUGAAUUAAUCAAUUAAAUUUCAUUUAGAAUUUAUAAGUGGUUGAAUCUAGUAACAAUUAUUCUUAAAUUAAACACCCUCUUCUAUUUACUUUUUUUAUGCAAUUAUUAAUCAAUUAAUCUUGAAAAUGGAGUGUCAAAUUUCAAUUCGGUGUUUCUCCAAAAUAAUGAUGCAUUCAUUGAAAUACCCAUAUUAUACAAUUAAUGGUGUUCUUUUAGCCGAAAAAAGGACUUCCAAGGAUAAAUCUAGUUUUUAUUAUGUUGUUGAUUGCAUUCCUUUAUUUCACAUGGCUCAUGGAUUGACACCAUGCAUGGAGAUUGCCUUACUCCAGGUUGCUAGUUAUUGUAAAGAAAACAAUUUAAUCAUUGCCGGCUAUUAUCAAGCUAACAAAGAUUAUUACGACUCCACACCGGACUUUUUUGCUUCAAAAAUUGGUGAAAAAAUUUGGGAAAAUAACAAUGAUGCUAUCGUUUUAAUGGUUAACAGCUUUGGUAUUAAUUUUUCAAAAGACUUUGAUGAUCCUAAUGAAAUUAAUGAAACUUUACACGUUUAUCAAUUCAUCGAGGGUAAAUGGAAACACAAAUCAAAUGGUUCAAUAGAAAAACCAGAAGCUGCACUGGAUGUAAUUCGUGAUCUAGUGGUGAAAAAACAAGUCCAUUUGAAAUUAAAUGAUUUCGAUAAUCAUUUAGAUGAUAUCACAUGUGAUUGGAGAAAUAACGCUAUCAAUCAAGAAAUAAAAUCCCUAGAAGCUUGAUCGAUUGCUUUUCGACGCCGUUAUAAUUUUACUUACGGACGCUAAAAUAAUUCAAGUUCUUGUAAGCUUACGAUUAUCAACUAUCUUAUAGAUAAUUUUUUCUAUUUAUAAUAAAAUAAACUUGCUGGCUCAUGAA